AUGGUAUCCAAACUUCUGCCAAAUAUAUUGCAGAAGCUACUUGGCAGGUACAUCGAGAACUUGGACACUUUGUCCAUUCCGUUCUGGAAGGGCGAGAUUGUGCUGGAGAACUUGAAAUUAAAGAGCGAUGUGUUUGAUACCGAUCUGCCAUUCCAACUGGUGAGUGGCGUGAUCAAGCGUGUCGUGAUCAAUGUGCCACUGCUCAGUUUCCUCAAGGACCGCAUCACGGUCAGCGUCGACGGCGUCUUCCUGCUCUUUGAUCGCAAGGACAUUGUGCAGGCGGCAGCCAGCGCGUCGUCCGCGGGCGAUUCGCACGAGGACCUGCUCACACAGAUCUCCAAGUCGAUGGACGUCAACGCCGGCGAGAGCGGUGACAGCAUGGCAUUCAAGAUGAUGAAGUCACUGGCCAAGUGUCUGCUGCUGCGCGUCAAGAACGUGCACAUCUGCUACCAGGACUGCAAGACGUCGCCCAAGGAGCGCUUCUCCGUGGGCAUCACCAUCGAGGAGUUCAACUACGAGUCGACCGAUGAGCGAUGGAUCCCCCUGCCGACGGGCAGCUCGGUCAACGUGCCCGAGGCGCACAAGCUGUGCUCCAUGUACAACUUUGCCAUGUACUGGAACUCGGCGUUCCGCGAGACCAAGCUGGUGACCAAGGACGACAUGGACGUGGUGCUGAUGCACUCGAUCAGUCGUCAGAACAUCAAGAUCGACAACAACUACAUCAUCGAGCCCAUCUCGGGCUUCAUCAAGAUGUGCAUCAAGGACGAAGCCAACGAGACCGUGUCGAACGAGGGCGUCAACCAGCAGAUGGUGACCAAGGUCGAGGUCUACCUCGGUCUCAAGAUGCUGGACGUGCGUCUCAUGGACGUGCAGUACCGUGACAUGCUCAAUCUACUAUUCUUCAUUCACGACUGGAAGAAUGUGUCGCGUUACAAGGAGUUCAGGCCCAAGGUGCCUGUGCAUGGCAAUGCAUCAAAGUGGUGGCAGUUUGCCUACAAGGCCAUCCUACAUGACAUUAGGAAGCAGAAGGAUCAAGUGUCAUGGCAAAAGAUCGAAGAGAAGAAGUACCUGAGGAACUGCUACAUCAAGAUCUUCACUCAGAAGUUACAACACAAGCGUGUCACCAAGGUGGAGGAGAACAUACUUGUUGAGAUUGAGAAGAAGCUAUCCUACGAGGAUGUAAUAUUAUUCCGCAACAUCACUGAACGAAGUGUACAUAUGAUGAAGAUGAAGGAGGAGCGAGAGAGUCCAGAGGCGAAUAGUGCACAGAGUUGGUGGAGUGGUGGCUGGAUGGGCCUGUUGGGUAUUGGUGGCGGCACCAAUCAGAUCGACUACGACAAGUUCAUUCUGUCGAAUGAUGAACUGUUGUUCCUGGACAAGACACUGGGCCUCAACCUGCCUACGAUGGUCACUGGUCGAGCAAUGAACAUCGUGGCCAUAGACGCCAGUCUCAAUCUCAAACAUAUAUGUCUCAACAUCAUCGAUUGGCAGAGUGAGGAGCUCCAAUCUACGCUGGCCUCACUCGACGUCAUUGAGGUCAAUCUCGGCUUCACAUCCGAUGGCCUUGGCAACACAUCGAUUACAACGUCCAUCGAUGGCCUGAACAUCCUGGACAAGGUUAGCACCAACACCAAGUUCGAGAACAUCGUCGUCGAGAAGAAGAACUUUGACUUCUCCGAGCACUCGUCGGCCUCGUCCAUGCUGAACCACAGCACGGCCACCGGCUUCCACAGCAACAGCAGCAAUGGCGUGACACCAAUGUUAUGGUUCUCAUUCUCGGAGAACCCGCCCACGUCGAUUACUGAUUGGAAGAUGGAGAUGAAGCUGCAGCCAUUCUACUUUGUAUACAGCAAGUCGUUCUUUGACACGAUGUUCCAGUUCUUCACGCAUGCCAACCAGGAGGCGUUGAACGCACUCAAGUACUCCUUCCUCAAGAAGCUCAAACUGCUGCAGGAUCAGAUCAUGAAGGAGUUGCGACAACUUGUGCGCAACCAAAAGGCUGCCGACUUUGUCUUUGAUAUCUACAUCCCCAGCGUGAUCCUGCCCGAGUCCAUCGACAAUGAGAACAGUCAACUGUUGGUCGUGAGCAUGGGCCAUCUGGUGCUAAAGAGCCAGCCGAUCGACCAGGAGUGGGACUGCCACGCACUCAUUGAAAUGACUGACGAGGAUUUGGACACUGAGAAGCAUACCAAGUUGAACAAGAUCCUGAACGACCGAAUCAAAUGGUGGCGCGAUCACUGUAUGAUGCCCUACGUCGAGGAGCCAGUCGAUGUCGGUAUCUUCUUCAAGCGCGAGCAGUGGCAUCAGAAGUUCCUGGACGCUCUCACGCGUCACGGCGGCGAGUCCGACGUGGACCGCCCGUUCAUCAAGGGCGACGACCUCAACCCGGACCACCCCACGGUGAUCUUCCAGGAGGACGAGUGGAACUACGAGCAGCUUAACAUCAACAUGGCGCAGUUCUACGAGGGUAUCACAGUGUUGCUGAGUAACACGUACCUCAAGAUAUGCAAGUUCUCCGAGCUGGCCAACUAUCACUACAUCGUUAACCCGUUCAACUUCCAAAUGUUCCUGCAGCUGUGCUCCGACCCGUUCAACCUGUCGAUCCCGCAGCUCGUGUGCAACUCGCUGCUGACCGACCUCAAGAUGGAGAUCGCCGACACGGACAUCUACGAGAUCAGCAAGAUCGUCGCCAAGUCGGGUCUGCUCGACUACUUUGUCGACAUGGAUACCAAGUCGUCCAAGGAGCUGGCCGAGCUUUACGACAACGUGCAGCUGGAGAAGCCCAGUAAGAAGACACUAGACAUGCAGCUGCACGUGCUCUCCGACACCAAGUCCAUCCUGCACAUUCGCAAGAUGACUAAGGAGAUGCUGUCCAACUGCGUGUUGCUCAAGUUCAUGUUCACGGCGUCCAAGAUCGAGAUGACACUCAACUACGAGACGACCGAGAAGCUUACCACCAACAUCACCAACGUGCGUUGCAAGUCGCUGGCCAAGUACCUGCACAUGGAGGUGUUGCUCAACAUGGACCACAUCAGCGUCACAGACACUCAUUCACUCAUCCCAAUGUUGUCGAUCUUCCCCCUGCCCAGUGGACUGGGUGGCAUUGCAAUGGACUCGAUACAAUCACCCAUGUUGCCGUCGCCCCGCAUGUCCAUUGGCAUGUUUGACGAUGACAACAUACAUCCAGUGUCAAUCCAUUUGGUGAGCAUCAGCAAGGAGUCACUGGACUAUGACUAUGUUGACUUUGUCGCAUCGCUCAGCACACAGUGCGUGCGCGUCAACCUGCCCAAGGAGUGCAUAAUGUCGCUGAUCAAGAUGGGCGGUCGCACAGUGGCCGAUGCCAAUCGCUUCCACGAGAAGAAGAAGUCCAUCCUCACGGUGGAGGGAGAGCGAUAUCAAUCUGUAAUGGAUGAGGCGAUGCACCCAAAGCCCACCAAACACAAGAAGCUCUCGGAGAAGUUGGACGCGGCAGAGUUCGAUCCCAACGAUCCCAAGUCCAAGAUCACCGUCAAGAUCCCCAGCUUCAUGCUCAUCCUCUGCUCUCGUAAUAACGACGUUGCCUCCUUCCAAUUCGACGACAUUCAAAUAUCCGGAGUCUUCCAACUACCCUUAUAUGACUUCACUCUCAAGCUUAGAGACAUGAGAUAUCUUGCACUGGCAGAGAAUGAUCGUAUGCAUCAGAGGAUAUUGGAGAGCAUGCAGGGACCGACAUCGCAGAAGCCAUUGGUCAACAUUCAUAUUGUUAGUCAUGAUAUAUCAAAGGCCAAGGAAUGGGGCUACAACGUAUUGCUCGGUGUGGCAAUUGGCAAGCUACGACUCGUGUUGGUCAUGCAGACCAUUAACACGAUACGUAACUUCCUGUUUGACAUCCAACUCUACAUGAAGGAGCAUUUGCCAACACUAUACGUCGUAGAGACUGAGCCCGAGGCUGGCCCAGCAACAGAAGCCGAGGCAGCAGCCAAGGCCGAGGCCGACACCGACGACAGGCUGAUCAAGCCUGACCAAGAAGUGGUCUUUAAACGUCGAGCCAUUGUUCGACUGGACUUCUACCUUGAGGGAGUUGUCUUGGAGAUACCAAAGAAUCCAAGGUCAAGAGAUAGUUUGAUCUUGGAUGUCAAGCCGAUAUCGUUGUGGAUCGACCAAUCAGACCCGACAGCAGAUAUCGUCCAUGCUCGUAUUGUGGGCGUUGACAUUGGAUCAGUUCGUGAUGGUGGCAAGAUCGAACCAAUUGUAUUGGUACCAAUGAAGAUUGAUUGUACACUGAUCAAGAAGUUGGAGACAUCGUUGGAAGCACAGACACUGUUGCUCAAGGUAGACUUGGACUUUGUUCGUCUCAAGCUCACUCAGUUCCAGUACAACCUAGUCUACAAUGUCGUUUUCCAGAACCUCAAUCAAUCACAAGUACCUGCGCCCAUCUCCACCACAUACUCCAUCGAGCGCCAGAGUAAAGUGAUCGCCAUCAAUCUCAACAUCAACAAGUCCACAAGUCUGGAUCUAGUCGAGGUUGACAAAGAUGCAAAGGAGAGUUACUUGAUGUCGUUGGGAAUGGAUCAACUCAAGAUGGACAUUGAUUACUUCAAUAAUGGUGAUAUUGAGUUGUUGAUUAGUAGUCACUCGCUGGCCAUCAAUGACAAGAACUCACUUGGUGGCAAUAAGGCGUAUGAACUACUGAGAGCCAUGCCCGAGGAUCACUUUGUCCAACAGUUCCCUAUUAUGACAUACAAGACCAACAAUAAUAUCAGUGAGAUAGAGAUCAAGCUGGACAAGAUGAUCAUGUUCCUCGAGUUGCAAUGGCUGGACAAACUCAGUGUGUUCAUGGUGCCACUCCAAGACCCCGACGUUGUAUCCACCCCACCCAAGGUACAGGCGUAUCGCGAUUGGAAGAUGGUCAUGUCACUGAUCAUCUCGAUCAAGGAGGCCGACAUCAUGAUUGGCUGCACCAAGGAGGCCAAGGGAGUAGUCCUGAUGCUGUCGUCCGAGGUCAACAUUGACAUCAAGACAGGCGACGACGGACUCAUGAAGAUCUUGUUGGGAUUCAAGUGCAACAAGGGUCUGCUGAGCAAUCAGGACCAGCAACAGGACAACACAUUGAUGAAGCCCAAGUUUGUCACGCAUCAGAGUCACACGACACUUGGCCGAUGGAACCAUCUCAAGAAGACAUCCAAGCUGUUCAUCGAGGCAUUCCACACGUCGCUCUACAUGUGUCUGGUGCCCGAGGGCAAUCAAUUCUAUUUCUGCGAGUUGGACAAGAUGCAUGUGGUCUUCUCAGGUCGCGCCUAUCGCUACCUUCUCGACCUCUACGAAAGCAUCCAGGCCAUACUCCUCACUCGCCAACAGGCGGCCCUGGAGGCUGGAGAUGGUAGUGGCAGCAAUACAAGCGGUCAACCAAUCAACAAGAGUGUCUCCCCACUCGAGGUGCCUAGCUACCGCGCCACGAUCUCCAAGUUCAACAAUGUCCAGUCGACACCAAUACCCGGUGUCAUGAUCAACAACAUGGGAUUGCCAAUGUCUCCGCAUAUGCGGCCAAUAAUGUCGCCCAGCCUUCUCCCCUCGCCACGCCACACGCGUUCAGUGUUCUACAACGCGUCGCCUUCGUCCUCCCCCGACCAGGUCAACAAGCUGUACCAUCUCAAGUCGAUGUCGGCCGAGAUGAUACGUACGCACCAACUGCGUCUGUCACAGAAGGCCAUUGACACGGCGGGCCAGUCGGUGCUGGAGAAGAAGCAACUGUUCACAAUGUUCUCGCUCAGUCUCAAGAACAUCGAGGUGAUGGUCGUCGACGACCUCAGCACCAAUCAGAUGAACUCCCCACUGUUCAACUUCCGACUCUCAUACGGUUUCCUCAAGCUGUUGAUCAAGACCAGCAUGGAGAUCGAGCUCAACUCGGUCAUCAGUCUGAACUACUUCAACAAUCGUAUCGCCUAUUGGGAGCCAUUCAUCGAACCCUGGCAUCUAAACACUCGCGUGGUCUUUGGCAAGGAGCUGGACGUGGACAUGGAGUCCAAGGACUUGCUCAAUCUCAACUUCACCAUCCCGCUCAUGGACAAUGUCAGUCUGUUCCUGUUGACGUACAGCCAGGAGUUUGGUUACCCCUGGAACAUGAUAGCCAAGCCGCCCAUGCAGGAGGAGGCCGACCAGAAGGUGUCGCCCAAUGCCGUACAGCGCAAGUCCCUCACGGGCAAGAUCCGCAAGAUCAAGUCGAUGAAGCGAUCAACAUACGCGCCAUUCCACGUGCGCAACCAGACAGGAUCAAAGAUUCGCUACAGGCUGGAGACACACGAUGGCAAGCAAGUAGAGGGCAUAGUCAAUGAGGGCCGGAACAACGCCAAGCACAACAUGGUCGUCGUCGAAGGCUAUGGCGUGUUCUACGACUUGAUGCCUGGCGAGUCCAUGCCGAUCAAGUUCUCCCAGGACGUCCAAGUGUCACUGGAGACGUUCAAUCAACUUGUGCUCAGCGUAGAGUUGCUUGGCAUCGAGAAGACAAUUGGCGUGCCACUGGACAAGAACAAGACGUUUGAGUACCCCAUCGUACUCGACAGCACCACCUCAUCCACGCUGCUCGUGGGCAUUGGUAUCAAGAACGGCACCAAGUACAUCACUCUGCGUCUACCCGUCGUCUUCCAGAACUUGACCUGCUUCUCCCUGGACAUCGCCACGGUCAACACGGGUGUGGGCCGCACACAGCCACCCCAUCUAUCAGCCAUCCUAUCACAGCACCAGACCAAGUCACCCGUCGCACUCAGUCGCAUCAAGAACGCUCUGAUCAAGCUGCGACCCUCUGGCGAGGACUUCAAGUGGAGUGAGGAGACCAUCGACCUCACGGACCUGGCCGCCACUGGUCGCGCCACUUGCUACUCAAUCAAUGGCAAGCGCGUGGUCAUCGUCCGCUGCUUCAUCAAGGAGAAGAGAUACGGUUGCACCAUACUCAAACUUUGCCCAAUGGCCAAGAUCAAGAACUUGUUGCCACAUCCCAUUUCUUACAUCCUCAGCUCAAAGGUCGAUGACAACAUACCUCGCAUUGAAGGUCAGCUCGAGGUCGAGACCAAACAGGAGAUCUACGACCUUCCCCUCAUGGACAAGUUCAAGGUGCAGCUGCGUAUUGGCGAUCCGGACAAGGCGGUGUGGAGCGAGGAGAAGUCGCUGGUCGAGCUGCUCAACUCACAGACGAUCGACAACAUCUAUGUGCCUCUGGGCGAGCGUUCGAUUUACAUCAACAUCGAGUUCGAGUCGAGCAAGGGCGUGCGCAAGAUCAUCUUCUACAACCAGUAUUGGCUGUUCAACAAGACUGGCCUCAACCUGUUCUGCAAGAAGACCUACAAGACCAAGGACUAUUACGAGGGCUCGAUCUCACUCAAUCACAGCGGCGACGCCCUGGACAAGCACUCAUGCGGUCCUAUCGCUCACACCCCGCACGAAUGGUACGCCGACCACCUGAACAAGGUGGACCCGAUCCUCUACUCAUUCAAGAAGACCAAGGACAUUGCUAACCUGAUCCAACUUCGUGUUGGUGGCGACUCCGUAUGGUCCAAGAAGCUGUCCAUCGCGGCAAUUGGCGAUCGUGGCUGCGUCACCAUCCUGUCCAAGAAGCCCAAGACCAUGGGCUGCAUCUCCAACGACAACAUUGUCGAGUACAAUAUCGGCAUGUCCGUUGACCUGUGUCCCAACCUCAAGACCAAGAUCGUGGUGUUGGCACCGCGUUACAUCAUCUACAACAAGUUCCCCUACCCACUCAUCUUCCACCAGGAGGACACUGACCAGUACAUCACCGUGCCUCAGGAGCAGAAGGUACCGUGGUACUACUUCAUGGCCGGACCCAAGCAGUCGCAACUGGUUACCGUGCGACUGGAUUGUCCUGGCGCGCGUUGGUCCAGCCCAUUCGACAUCAAGCAUGUCGGCGACAACUCUUUCCGCAUGUAUACCCAGACCGAUGAGCACGCGUCCGAGUUCAACUUUGCCCAGUUCAUGAAGGUGCAGACGUGUCUGGAGGGUGCCACAUUGUUUGUGAUCGCAGCCGAGUUGCCCAUCCCCCCGUACAAGUUCAACAAUCAGACGCAGUUCCCCAUCGUUGUCAAUCAGAAGAAGUGUGGCACGCCAUUGCGCAUCGAGCCAAACGAGACGAUACCCUUUGUCUGGGAUGAGCCACAACAGGAGCACAUAUUGGAGGUCAACAUACAUGAGGGACACGCAGAUCAGAAGACAUCGAUCAAGGUCGACAAGAUCAAGGUGUUCAAGCCUAUCGAGUUCCAUCAUGAUGGCAAGGUCAUUAUGAUUCGUGCGAUCGUCGAGCCCGAGGAGUCGACCCGUGUGCUCACUCUGACCGACUCGACUUAUCACGCAGUGCGCAGUGAGGAUCUCGAGGAAGAAACAUCGAGACAGUUCUUCCGUAUGCGAUUCGCAGGCAUUGGCAUAUCUUUGAUCAAUGCCAACCCCACCGAACUGCUCUACGUCAGCAUCAACGACAUACUUAUGGAGUACUAUUACAGCAACUUUAUUCAGUCGAUUGAGAUGAAGAUCAGUGCCAUGCAAGUUGACAAUCAACUCUCCAAGGUGACGCCAUUCUCCCAUCCAGUACUUCUUUUCUCGGAGAAGACUGAAGGUGAGAUUGAGCACUUCCUUCUCAUCAAGAUAGUCAAGUCCAACAAGAUGGUCAACAUUGAUUACUUCCAUCAAGUCAAGGUUGAGCUACAAGAGCUCAAUAUUAGAGUGGAGGAGAGGUUCCUUUACGUGUUGAUCGACUUCUUUAACAGUUUGGACUUCUCAUUCUGGACUGGAAACAAAAAGACAAAGAAGGCAUUGCAUAAUAUUGAUAUGCUCAAGCCAAUCUACCAUGAUCACAUUGGUGAUGGCUUCAUCGAUGGCAUGCUCAACCGUGCCCUGCCCACCAUCUACGGCAAGAAGCUCUACUUUGAGGACUUGUCCAUCUCACCCAUCAGCAUGUUCCUCACAUUCGACCUCUCCAAGACGGGUGGUGCAGCAUUCCGUGAGAUGGAACCACCCGUGGUCAAGGCAUUCCGAAGGAUUGGAUUCGUGUUGGUCAGCUUCCAGCAGGCACACAUCUUCCUCAAUCAGUUCAACUUCACCCAUGCCUUUGGCACCAACGAACAGCUUCUCAACCCGCUGUUUGGCCAUUACAUGUCAGAGGGUCUGUCCGAGGUCUACAAGAUCCUGGGCACAUUCAACUUCAUUGGUAACCCCGUGGGACUUGUCAAGAACUUUGGCAUUGGGUUCAAGGAGUUCUUUGUCACCACAGGCCGUGGCAUCGUCAAUGCCGACAACUCAUUCGGUGGCGCCAUCAAGACUGGCUCCAAGAGUCUGAUGAAGCACACCGUCUAUGGACUGUUUGACUCUGGCGCCAAGUUCACAUCGUCCUGCGCCAAAGCCCUCUCAUCCCUAUCCAUGGAUGAGCAGUACAUCUUGAAGCGUACGUUCAUCACUGGUGAGAUACCGCGCAAUGCUAUCCAAGGUAUCUCACUUGGCAGUCGUCUGUUCCUCAUGUCGAUACAGCAUGCUCUCAAGGGUGUGGUCUCACUGCCCUACAUUGGAGGCAAGGAGUCUGGUACAGUUGGCACGAUCAAGGGUAUUGGAAAGGGCACGGCUGGAGUGGCACUCAAGCCUCUGGCCGGAUGCUUUGACUUUGCAGGCAAGGUCACCGAGGGUGUCAAGAACUCGACCCAUCUCAACAUUGAGCGCACAAGGGUUCGUUACCCGCGACCAUUGUUCUCAGACACACCUCUGCGCAUCUAUGAUGAUGGUGAAGCAUUUGGUCACUUCUUGUUCCUCACCAACAUCAUCUCGGCAGGCAAGCUGCGUCAUAUUGGACCAACCCCAGGCUCAACCGGCCAUGGUCAGACACUCGCCGAGAUGAUCUCCUCGAGCGAGAAGUAUGUGUCCCAUCUUAUUUACAGGAACACAAUGCAGACGGUACUGUUCACCAACAAGAGACUGGUGUUGCUGAAGGACCCCGAUGGAUUCAGAACAAAGUUCGACGUCAAGUACUCGGCCAUCUUGCAGGUGUUUGAGGAGGACUUCUGUGUGCGCAUCAAGGUGAGCCAGGCGCACAAGUUCCGUCUGGUCAAUCCACGUCGACGCAAGUCGUACCGCAUCAAGUGUACGGGUGAGGAGAAGCACUACAUCUACAACAAGAUCAUUGAGAUACUCAAGAUCUACAAGCCCUACGAGAGUGAUCAAGACAUUGAGGGCAAUGGAACACACAUGCCCUAUGUCGAGGAUGUCCACAAGCGUGGUCUGGGCUCCACCUCUGCCGCCGGACUCCAACUGCCCCAGAACAACAACAACGCAUUGGUCAAGAAGCCCACCGAUGUGUUCAUCGAGUAUGAUCCAGUCAAGCCUGGUGAGCACAUGAUAUUGCCAAUCAUUGUCAAUGGCAAUGGUGAUCAGAGUGCCAACGAGACUAUCAAGUAUCUUCUCAAGAACUCACAGCGCACCAACAUCGCUCAGCCCAUCUAUGUCACGCGUGGACACCCCAGAGACAACAUACCAUCUAGGAUGUUUGAUGUCUUGGACAACCCGAUCAUAUCCACAGACAGCGCAUUCGCUGCACAGCAGGCCCCACCACAGUACCCUUACCCGUAUCCAUAUGCCAACCCAUAUGGAUCAGCCUAUCAGUACCCACCACCUCCUGCACAAUAUGCAUAUCCAUACCCAGCAUAUCCUUACCCAUACCAAUACCCUCCAGGUAUUGUCGCAGGUGGUGCUCCCCAGCUUCCACCUCCUCCACCUCCCACUCCAACCAUUAUCUCGCACACUCCUUUGCCCAUCCCUCCAACGCCGACCAUUGAUAGCAAUGUGACCAAGCCCCCAGCCAAUAUCCCACCUCCCCCAGGUCCAGCUCCAAGGAUAGCGGACCUAACUAAAGAUGAUGAGAAGGAGGUGACAAAGCCUACAGCCCUUCCAUCCAAGUCCCCAUUGAGACGCACCAGUUCCAAGGACUCGAUGGACGGCUCAAGAUUGAGAUACACACAGACCGAGUACAAGUCACCUCUGUCCAAGACGGCCAUCAUCCCAACCAAGCCUGUAUUUGGCUCCAAGUACAAGAAGCCAUUGAACGCACUGUACAACACCUCGACUUAUGAGUCACUCAAGGCAGAGGAGCAGCCAGCACAACCGUCCUCACAGUACCGUCCCAAUCCACACCGAUCACUCAAGCAUCUGAACGACUAUCCAACUUAUGCGCAGAGCCUGGCCACAGCCGAACCCACCAAGGGCGACGGCGUGUCCGAGGAGCGUCUGCAAGGCUAUCAGAAGCAGAUGGAGAAGCAUAUGGACAACAUGAUGCAUAUUCAACAGAUGCAGAUUCAACAGAUGCAUCAACUACAGAAGAAUCAGAUCGAGUUGCAGAACAUCAUCUUCCAUCAGAUGAUUCCCAAUCGUGAUGGUACCAGUGGUGGCAGUCAGGCGCCAGGUGUCAAGGUUGAGGAGUUAAAGAUUGAUCACGAUCAACUAGUGUCCUCAGCAGUACAUAACAUCAAGGAGAGUAUAGGAGGAUCUGCAUCAAGAUAG